UCACGGAGUACGCAUGCUCAGACACGCAAAAGUUUGCGUGUCAUAAGUUUUUGCACUCUAACGGUGAUUAUCUUUUCUACAAUAAUUGAUUAAAUAAAUAAAAAUACACUUGCUUAAUUCAACAGUUAAUUGAUCUUUUAUUAUUUAUUUAACAACGCAGUUAUCAUGAAAAAAAAACAAACCAAUAAUAAUAAAAAUAAUAUACUUGAUAAUAAAUUAAUAAAUCAAUUGUAAAAAAAAAAAAAGAAUUUUUUUUUUUUCAUUCUUUUUUUCAAUACGUUAAACUAACACAGACGCCAUGAAAAACAUUAUAUUUUUAUUUAUCAAAAAUUAUCUUUACUGUUAUCAAUGAUAAAAGAUAAUGGAUCUAUUUAUUUUUAUCAUUCAUCAUAAUAAUAAUGAUAAAUGUGCUUAACAGAUAUGUUAAUGUACAGCGAAAUAACCUAAAAUUAAUUGCCACUGUUAAUGCUGAAAGGCGUAGUGACAAUGUCGUGAUAGUUAAACAAAUAAAUUGUAUUAUUCAAAUAUUUAAGCAUGUACAAGAUAUUAGAAGAAAUGACGAUAAAGGAUAUUGCUGAUAGACUUGCUGAAGGUGUUAUGAUUUUUGGAGGAAUUAUACCAUACAUUCCACAAUAUAUUGAAAUUAAACAAAAAGAUGAUGCUGACGGUUUUUCAUUGUAUGUUUGUUUAGCACUAUUAAUUGCUAAUACAUUAAGAAUUUUUUUUUGGUUUGGCAAAAGAUUUGAAAAACCUCUACUUGUUCAAAGUAUUUUAAUGAAUAUAACAAUGUUAAUAAUGAUAAGGGUAUGCGUUACAGUACGAAACAAAAAUCAAAUAAUACGAUCAAAGGAUCGUGUAUUUACAGACUUCCAGUCAUAUGCAGAGUUUUUUCUACUGUUUGGUGUUCUUGGUGGAUUGUUGACAUACUUAUUUGUCGACUGUCAGGUGUUUGUUGAGAUUAUUGGAUUUUUGGCUGUUUUAACAGAAGCAGUAUUGGGUGUGCCUCAAUUUUGUCAAAAUUUACAAAAUAAAUCAACUGAUGGAAUGAGUAAAGCCAUGGUUGCCAUGUGGACUGCUGGUGAUGUUUUUAAAACAGGAUAUUUUUAUUGGCGUGAAUCUCCAAUACAAUUUACUAUUUGUGGAGGUUUACAAGUUUUCAUCGAUUUAGCAAUACUAUUUCAAAUAUAUAUUUAUAGAAUUAUUUCACCAUUACGACCAGAACUACGCACAGACUGAAAGAUACUUCAUGGAACCAUUAGUUCAGGAGUAGCCAUAUAUUAUUCCAAAGUUUUAUCAAAUUCUUCCUUUCUACAUAAUAUUAAUUUCAAUUAUUUUCGAUCGCUUUUUUUUUUUUUUUUCUGCAUUAUAUUAUUUUUUAGGAAUUUUUUUAGUUUUUUUUUUUUUUUGUUUAUUUUAUAUAGAUGAUUUUGUGAAACUCAAAAAUGAAAAUAAUAUAUAUAUAUUUAAUCAGUAUGUCAUUUGAAUUUAUGGGGAGAGACGUCUCAAUUUAAAUGAAUUUUUUUGUUUUUUUAUUUUUACAUUCUACAUAAAAAAAAACAAAAUGUAUAUUUUUUUUUUUAUAAAUUUAGAGUAAAACCUCUAUCAAAAAUUUACAUACAAUUGAUUAAAGUUAAAAAUGGAAAAAAUAUACAAAAAUUGAGGUUCAGUUGAAUAUUUCUUUUUUUUUUUUUUUUUUGUAAAUUUUUAUCACUUUAAAAAUUAAAAAAAAUUUAUAAUAUAAAUGGGGAUAAUAUUUUAAAUAUAUAAUAAAGUAUAUUUUUUUGAAUAGAAUUAUUGAAAAAUGCUUGCUUACCCUUAUAUUUUCAAUUUUUUUAUGGAAUGUUAAAAAGAUUUUUCUUCUGAUUUGAUAAAAAAAAAAAAUAAAAAAAGGCAGCUAAUAUAUGAAAAUAUAAGGGUAUUAACUAUUCGAAUCAAUGCGUCCUGCCCCAUAUAAUCAUGUUCAAAGAUACUGAUUUUAUCAUUCAAUUUUAAUAACUGUGUAAAUAAAGUAUACUUCUUUAUUUUUAUUUAUUAUUUAAUUUACAAUCUUACAUGUUAUUCAUCUGCGUCAUGAUAUUGUUGACAUUAUCUCAGUUUUAUUAUCCUGAAUGUGUAUAUAUGAAUGUUUAAAAAAAAAAAAAUCAGAGUAUUUCUGAAGAUAAAUAAUAAAAUAUUUUUAAAAUCUGAAAA